GAAAGGAGUCCCUGCAAUUGACCAUGGUUUCACAGAGGUCUCAGUCUGUCUUGGAAGAAGUUACCACCAAGAGUGACUGUUGCUGAAUUUGUUGUUCUCCCUCAGGUAUUCUGCUAUGUUACCCAGAAAGAAAUCCAGCAAACUGUAAGAGAAACGCCGUUUCAUCCUGACAUUGGCUCUUCCUUAAUUGCAGUCACACUUCUCAACACCCUGCCUCUUACUCCACAAUGAAAGAUGGACAAAUUUCACACCAAAAGGGUAAAAACUGCUGUUGGAUAUAUGUGGCCUUCAAAUCUUUGCAAGAUCAGGAAAUCUCUUAAAAAUGUUUACCAAAAAUGUAAGAUCCAGCACUUGAAUUCAACCAUCAGAGAUUCAUCAAGGACUUAUGAUUGUGACCAAGAUGGCAUAGGUUCAGAUAAAGAAAUGAAUCUUACAGUAAUGCUCCAAGAUAUUAAAGCUACUCAAAUUGAACUCCUCAGCAAAAUGACUGACAUUGUCAAUGCAGUAUCAAAAGUCCAGGAAAAGAACAACCAUUGCGAGAAACAGACAGAGAACCUAGAAACCAAAAUGGAUGUUAAUGAAGACAAACAAUUCACAUCUACCAAGGAUAUCCUCCCUAUGAAGGAAGACAUGAAUAUUUUAAAGAACAAGGUAACAGAACUGGAAAACCAGAAUUCUUGUGCCAGUAUAUAUUGUUUAGAAGUUCUGGAAAGAGAAAAGGCUAAAGAAAUCAUAGAACUGCUUCACAAAUUUGUACAACCAGAAAUUCUGAAGAACACCACAGCCUCUGUGGACUCUGAAAUCUCUACAGCAGAACCAGGAAAAAUGUCUAGUUAUCCAGAGCCCACUGAUCAUCUUAAAGAAAAUAAAAUCUCCCCAAAAAUAAAAACGUUAAGGAAAAGUCACCCAAAAAAAGCACAUAGAAGCCUUAAAAAAGCAAAGUCAAGUAUUAAUACUUACCCAGACUUUGGUACAUGGAUCAAGCUAACUUUUGUUCAUGGAGAAAAGUGGAGAUUUUUCCUCAGGGCCACCAAGUUAGAUGUCUUCAUCAAGUGGCUUCUUUCUACACCAACCCCUCUUCCUGAGGAACCACAGAUCAGACCCAAGAGAGACUGUCCAUCCCCGGGACUUAUUGCAAGCUUGACCACAAUUUAUUUCUCUCUUAUCAACUAUGUUUGCUACCUUUUUGGUUUUUCAAAAGAGGAAGUAACUAGACUAUAGAGGUUUUUUUCUGCUUUGCUUAGUACAAAAUAAAUGCAAUUGGUUUGCUGUAAGCAUUCACAAACUUUGUGGUGACU